GAGAAAAGGAAAAUAUUUUUCUUUUUAAUUACUUUUUUCUAAAUCACCCCCUUCCCUUUUUACUUUUUUUAUCUUUACCCUUUUUGUUAUCAGAUUUUUUUUUUUUUUUUUUUUUACAUAAAUGAUCAAAAUGACUCUUAAACAAGAUAAUAAUUCUUUAUCACCACAACAUCAACAUAAAAAGAUUGACAGUGUAUCUGCUACGGAAUGCGCCAAUUGUGGAACAACAACAACACCUCUCUGGAGAAGAGGCCCCAACGGUGAAACUAUCUGUAACGCUUGUGGUCUCUAUUUAAAAGCAAGAAAUACCCUAAGACCACCCACCUUAAAAAGAACCGUUCAUAAAAAAGCAACCCCAGAACCAAAGAACGAUUGCGGUGGCACUUGUCCAGGUGGUGGUCAAUGCAACGGUACAGGUGGCUCUUCUUCUUGUGCUGGCUGUCCAGCCUUUAAUCAGCACCAAGUCAAUAGGCAAGCCCUCAUCUGCGCUAACUGUAGAACCACUACAACUCCUCUUUGGAGACGAGAUGAACAAGGAAACACCAUUUGCAACGCAUGUGGCUUAUACUACAAACUUCACAAUGUACAUAGACCUGUGAGUAUGAAGCGCAGUGUCAUCAAAAGAAGAAAGCGAAUUAUUGUUGCACAAGGAAGUGACGAGGAUGACGGAGAGGAAGAGGACGAAGAGAUGUCUCCUCCUCCCGCUGUUGUAAAUACAAAUAAUAACAAUAACACAACCACGACAACCGUCAAUCCUGUCAUGGCAACCUUGCCUAUCAUGGCAACCGUGCCAGAGAUUGAAGAUUAUGUUGUCUUAAAGAAGAAGAAGAUCGAGUUACCGCAUAAGAAGCAACAGCAUGCUAUUAUAUCCCCACCCAUGACCUCGCCUGCUGUGUCAUCUAUCAGAUCAUCGCCCCCUCCUCCUCCUCCCCCCACAAAUCAACAAACUUCGCCGUUAUCAGAAAAGAUCUAUCAUAAUAAUAAUAGCAAUAGUAAUCAUAGUAAUACAUCGCCGUUAUUCUCAAAACCUUAUCCUGAACAACAACCCAACAAGAGUUAUUUACCACCCAUUUCAUCCGAAAGACAAUCUUAUCGCCUUGAAUCUUUAUUCGGUCGCAGAGACUCCAAUUCCUCCAUCGUCACUUCUUCUUCCACCGGUACCACUUUACCACCACUUUCACUUCCACCCCUCACACCUCCAUUAUCACAACAACAACGUCAACACCUUAAUCAUACAAAUAGAAUAUCCAUGUCCCCACCAUCUAUUCCCAUUCAACAACCUUCACCACCAGCGAAUUUACAUAUUCCAUCAAGUCAUGGUGGUUAUGAACUAGCUGAUUUCGAUAUGGCUUUGGAUCGAUUAGAACACUUACGAAGACAAGUGAGACCUGAACAAGCAAACGCUUUAUCCCAACUGACACAAUCCAUUACUGACUUGGCAUCUAAAGCGGAAGCGAUAUUAUCCUUAGAUUCAUUAGCCUAUGGCAGAUAAUACCCCCCCCCAUUCUUUCUUUCUUAAUAAAUAAUGUUAUUAUAAACAAAAACAAUAAAAAAUGUGUGUACAGCGGCUCCACUCCC